AUGGAGUUCUACGUCGAUGACCUGGUUCCAUGGCUAGAAAACCAGACCUCGAACCUUGCCACCGGAUCCGCCAGCGCGUCAGUAACCAUGGCCAUGGACGCGUUGGUGCCAAGCUCCAACACCCAUCUGCAAACGCUGCGGUCAGCUGCUAAUGGCUCCAUGGUUCCGGGUUCCACUCGGGUGACGUCGUGCAGUGGUGAUCAGUCAGGUUUUAUGGACCAGUGGGUGGCUCGCAGUGGUGCCGCGGUGGCGCAUGAGUGGAGCAGCUGCAAGGACCAGAGUGUAAGUGGGAGUGCGACUUUUGCUGGAAUGGAGAGUGGUCUACAAAUGACAGUUGAAACUUGCGAGAGGGAAUUCGGUGGGAAAGCGUUCACCUCUACUUACACAGGGUCGCCGGAAAAUACCACCUCCGGUAAACGGUCCACAGAGUCGACAUCUCCCGAUGAUAAUGACUCCGUUGGUCAUAGUAAACAUCAGGGUAAGGUGGCUGGAAGUUUUGAGGAAAUAAGGGUGGUGAUGGGUGGUGGUUUUGGUGGUGAAAUGGUGAAGGUGGGUCUUGGUGAAGCGGUGGCUGGAAUGGAGAUUGUGGAGCUGGGAACGGUGUUCGGUGAUGGUGAAUGGAGGAAUAAGGGCAGAGAAUCCAGGGGGGUGGAUCUGCACAUGCAUAUCCACUUCAAAACACAAACCACGGUAGGGUUUGAAGGAACAAGAGCAAAUGUGAGCUCAUCACUUCCAAUGCAGUUGGAGUUCGAAACGUAUUUUUCUCCAUUAAUAAACCCAUCAAAUUACACCCCACAAUGCACACAUACACAUACAGCCUAA